UCCAAUUUUCUGUGCCUGCGCAGAACCACCUUCACAUUCUGCAUUUCUGCUUUCUCCAUUCCGAAACUUCUUCUUUUCUUGUUCAAUCUCUCUCUCUCUUUUAAAUUGAUUUAUGCAUCAUCACAACCUUGGAGAAUUGCUUCAUCUUCAAUUGAAUUACUACUAUUGCAACUGUAAAUGCAGUUUGCGUGAUUUUGCGGUGUUGAAUUACGAGCUGUAUGGCUUCGGCGGGCGAAGAUAUGUCUAGGCCGAUUCCAACGCCGUUUCUGAUCAAAACCUACCAGCUCGUCGACGAUCGCGAUGUCGACGGAAUCAUCUCGUGGAACGCCGACGGAUCCGCUUUCAUCGUCUGGAAUCCGGCGGAUUUCGCCAGAGAUCUGCUUCCAAAGUACUUCAAGCACAACAAUUUCUCCAGCUUCGUUCGCCAACUCAACACCUACGGAUUUAGGAAGGUCGUGCCGGAUCGGUGGGAGUUCUCGAACGAGUGCUUCCGGAGAGGCGAGAAGCAGCUUCUGCGCGACAUUCAGCGGCGGAAAAUGGCGGCGAAGAUCUCUACAUCGGAGGAGCAGGUGAUCUCAUCCUCUAAUUUCAGCGCGGUGGAGCUGAUCGACGAGAACGAGCGGUUGCGGCGACAGAACGUGGAGCUGAGGAGAGAAUUGGGGGAGAUGAAGAAUUUAUGCGACGGCAUUUACGCGCUGUUGUCUAACUACGGCGGCGGCAGGUGUGAGGAAGGUGUGCGUGCUUGUAAAUUGUACAUGACGGAGAAUUUGAAGGCUCUGGAGCUGCUUCCGUCGACGAGAUUCUGCGGGGCGGCUGAAGGUACGUCGGCGGAGGAUGAGAUGGAUUUGGAGCUCCGGCUGCCGGGAGGAGAUGCUAAACAUGAACCGUUUGAUGGUGGGGAAUAUGUGUAACACUCGCGGUGAUUUUUAUCGAGGAUCAAUAAUGGUUCUCAUUUACUACCUGAAUCUCGAUUUGUUAAUUGGAGAGAAAAAAAUUUAGUGAAUAAGUUCGGAUUAGUAUAUACUCCUAUAUACUUUGACCGUGACAAAAUUAGAAUUUGGAACGGUUGUGUGUUUUGAAUAAAAUAUAAACAUAAUUGUAAGAAA